AUGCCGCCGACACUGAAAUUACUGGAAGAUGCGAAAGAGGGGUCUUAUGGCUUUGUGUACGGCGUCUCGGGACCUGUGGUCACAGCCGAGAAGAUGGCCGGUUCAGCGAUGUACGAGCUGGUUCGUGUCGGCCACUCCGAGUUGGUCGGUGAAAUCAUUCGGUUGGAGGGCGAUUAUGCGACCAUACAGGUGUACGAGGAUACAUCAGCAGUAACAAUCGGCGACCCAGUACUUCGGACUGGUAAGCCUCUUUCUGUGGAACUCGGCCCCGGAAUUAUGGGAUCCAUUUUUGAUGGUAUCCAGCGCCCACUGAAAGAUAUUGUCGACUUGACGCAGUCCAUCUACAUCCCUAAGGGAGUCAACAUUCAUGCGCUAUCGCGUGAUGCUCGUUGGGAUUUCGAACCGAAUAAAGCACUCGGCGUUGGUGACCACAUCACCGGAGGCGAUAUUAUCGGUUACGUGCACGAAAACGUCCUCAUCAACCAUCGGAUAAUGCUUCCGCCGACCGCCUGCGGUACCAUCACAUAUUUGGCUCCGGCCGGACAAUACAAUGUAACGGAUAUUGUGCUGGAAGUUGAAUUUGCCGGCGAGAAGUCCAAGUUUGCGAUGCUGCAAGUCUGGCCUGUACGGCAACCGCGUCCUUGCGCCGAGAAAUUGGCAGCCAACUUCCCGUUGCUUUGUGGUCAGCGAGUCCUGGAUGCGCUGUUCCCGUGUGUUCAGGGUGGUACCACCGCCAUUCCAGGCGCAUUCGGCUGUGGCAAAACCGUCAUCUCGCAGUCGCUGUCGAAAUUUUCAAAUUCAGAUGCUAUUAUCUACGUCGGUUGUGGUGAACGUGGUAAUGAGAUGUCCGAGGUGUUGCGUGACUUCCCGGAACUAACAAUGGAGGUGAAUGGUGCAACGACGUCCAUCAUGAUGCGCACAACACUGGUCGCAAACACGUCAAAUAUGCCUGUGGCGGCCCGUGAAGCAUCCAUUUACACUGGCAUUACGUUGGCAGAGUAUUUCCGUGACAUGGGACUGAAUGUCUCAAUGAUGGCUGAUUCUACUUCUCGCUGGGCGGAAGCGCUGCGUGAAAUUUCCGGACGUCUGGGUGAGAUGCCUGCUGAUUCUGGUUACCCAGCUUAUCUGGCGGCGCGUCUGGCGUCAUUUUAUGAAAGAGCCGGAAAAGUGAAAUGUUUGGGGAGCCCGGAGCGUGAGGGGUCUGUAACAAUUGUGGGUGCGGUUUCGCCGCCUGGCGGUGAUUUUGCUGACCCGGUCACAUCCGCUACACUUGGUAUUGUACAGGUAUUUUGGGGCUUGGACAAGAAGCUCGCACAGCGGAAACAUUUCCCAUCAAUUAAUUGGCUCAUAUCCUAUAGCAAAUAUAUGAGAGCGCUGGAUGAAUAUUACGACAAAAAUUUUCCAGAAUUUGUGAGCUUGCGCACCAAAUGCAAGGAAAUCCUUCAGGAGGAGGAGGAUUUAUCCGAGAUUGUACAAUUGGUUGGCAAGGCUUCGCUUGCUGAAUCUGAUAAAAUCACUUUGGAAGUGGCUAAAUUAAUCAAGGAUGAUUUCCUUCAGCAGAAUGGCUAUGCGCCUUAUGACCGAUUUUGUCCUUUCUACAAAACAGUGGGAAUGCUGAAGAAUAUGAUUGCUUUCUACGACUUAGCAAGGCAUGCGGUAGAAACAACAACGCUAGCAGAAAAUAAGAUAACCUGGGCGACGAUUCGUGACCACCUUGGCGAUAUUAUGUAUCAGCUUUCUUCCAUGAAAUUCAAGGACCCGGUCAAGGAAGGUGAGCAAAAGAUCAAAAAGGAUUACGAUGAUCUGUAUGAGCAGAUGCAGACGGCUUUCAGGAACUUGGAAGAAUAA